AUGUGUCAAAAAUAUGUGUUUAGGAUCAUUCUUGUGAUAAGUGUUUUAUAUGGAAAAGUUACUAAUGGAGGUACAGACCAAACGACGGAAAAAGAGACCCGACCGGAAUACAUCCAUCCAGACGGUCUUAUUAACUUCGAUCCUUACCUCUCAGACUUUAAGCAAGAAGUUGUUGAGGACGACUAUAUUCCCAUACCAGAAAACGACGAAACCGUUGAUGGUUUACCAAUCUUUCUACUCGAUCCAAAGAAUUCAUACGUACAACGAACGAAGCCGGCAACCCUGUUCGAGCACGUGGACCCCCAGAAUGGAGUUAGGGUUGUCGAGGCCGAGUUAAAUGUAACGAGAAAUGAAAUAGAUGAAUAUUAUGGUGGCAAGUACAGUUGCGAUUGUUACGCGUGGAAUAGCAAGGGAAGGAUCCGAAGUCAGGCUGUUUUCAUUGAAUAUGCUUAUAUUAAGAAGCAGUUUGUUCAAUACCCCCAAUCCGUAACUGUGGAAGCGGGAAAACAGGCCACCUUCCGCUGCAGCCCACCGCCCGCUGCGCCACCAGCUACCAUCAAGUGGUUGAGGAACGGAGUCCCGGUGGACGCCACUGAUGAGAUGUUGGUUCUGCCGAAAGUUAAAUUACAGGACAUGGCUAACUACACGUGUAUAGCAGAGAACAUCGCUGGUAGAAGAGAGUCAGACACGGCUGUCUUGUCUGUUUAUGUGAACGGAGGCUGGUCAGAGUGGUCUCCAUGGGUACCGUGUCGAUGCGGAUCCCAGAGCAGUGGAAGACGAAGAACCAGGACGUGUUCUGAACCUGCACCGGUUAAUGGGGGAGCGCCUUGUAGGGGACAGUCCUCGCAGAGUGAUGACGACUGUCUCAAGUGCCAGAAUGGUUCCUGGUACCCCUGGAGUGCUUGGUCCACAUGCAGCGAGGACUGCGUCAGAGUCCGACGUCGGCAAUGUUCAGGGUCUUGUUUAACUGGCUCCACAAUGCAACACGCCGCUUGUGUUGACGGCCUUUGUUCUUCUGGCAUACAUUUAUACAAAAACAAUUUGACUAUGUACGUGGGUAUCGGAAUCACAAUAGCCAUGUUAUGCGCUGGAGGUGUCAUUUUGUAUGUUUGGUGCAAAUACAGGGCGCGACCUGGAUAUACUGGUGCAAGAGUUGGACUACCCAAAACCUACUCCCGGGACAAGGGCAGUACCGGACCGGAUUUAACAAGAACUUGUAACGAGUACUGGAUGCAACGACCCGAUAACCAGUAUGACAUGCCACAGAUGAGGGACAGUUACUCGUCGCCGUUCGGCAACCGCACUCACCACUCGAGUAACCACUACGAGAUGAAGCCCUACAGCCCCUCAGGUGACUCCGCGUCCAGUUGUUAUACCAACUCUCGAACAAUGACGUCACGAUCCAGCGAGUGUUCGUCACAACUGGCGGAAUUGGUGACGUCAUCGCCCUCGCUGUCAAAGGUCGAUGUUGCAGUCACCCUACCGCCUCACACCAUGGAGAGCUAUAGAGACAAAAUAUGUUUAACCAUAGUAAAAUAG